AUGUCUUCUCACAAGACUUUUGGGAUCAAGAAAUUGCUGGCCAAGAAACAAAACCAAAGUUGUCCUAUUCUCCAAUGGAUUUGGAUGAAAACUAUUAACAAAAUGAGAUACAACUCCAAGAGAAGACACUGGAGGAAAAUGAAGACUUCUUUGUAG